CUCUGGGCUCCGGUCCACGCGGUGGAGCCGAGCUCUCCAGCCCGCCCCUAAUUCAUGCCAUUCACCAGCACCUCUCCCACACACCGGGCUUCCUCUCCAUUCACUGCUCCUUCCCGGUCCUCGGCCGGCUCCCACUCCGCGAUUCGCUCCCCCCUGGCUUGGCAGUGCCUUGGAGCCCUCCCGGCCCUGCCUCUGCCCCGGCCUUUCCUUGGGGGUGCUUCCACCCGGCUACCACAUCCGGAGGUCUCACACACACCGGGCUUCCCACAGGACGCUCUGAAUUCAGGCAGAAAAGGCCUGCUCUCCUCUCCACUCCCUCACCCGUCCCCCUGCUUCUUCCUUCUGGGCCUUAGUUUCCCCUCGGAAGUGGAGCCCCAUCCAGCCCUUUAUUCAAGGCUGGGAAGAAAGAGGAGUCCUUCUGGGGAGGGGGAGGAGGCAGGACCUCCCGGAAAGGCCAGCUCAGGUAGCAGCAGAAAGGAGGAGGAAGAGAAGAGAACCUCUACCCACUUUCUGCUGCCUGGCUGGGGGCCUGAGUCACACAAGGGUGGUAGCUGGAGGGGGUCAGAUGGUCUGCACUGACUCUGGGUCUGUUUCUUCCAUGUGAAAUUGGGGAGGGCUCUGGUAACCCCUUCUGUCCUCCCCCCACUCUUGGGGGCUGAAAGAGCCUUCCUCAGCCUCCUCUGGUCCCCAAGCAGCCUUCUCCCUGGAGGCUGGCCCCCUCCCCCACUGCUUCACUGGGGUCCUGCUGGCCCCGAGGCCCCUCUUAGGCUUUUCUCCUGUCCUUCACCUCCAUGGCAUACUGGGGCCUCCAGGCUCCCCCCAGACACACUGGGUGAGGUCAGGCUGAGGGCUGCAGGCCAGGGACUGUGGGGGCUGCUGGGCCAAGGCUCGUGUACACGUGUGUGCCUGCGUGUGCAGCCAUGUGGGGUGGCCAUGCGCUUGCGUGGGCUGUGUGUGUGUGUAUGUGUGCUCGGGCCCUCCGUUCCCAGGGCCCAGGGAUCUGGAUGGAAUUAGGGGCCUGGCCGGGUGGGGGCCAGGGUGGGGGUGCUCCAGCAGGAAACCUGAGCUGGCUCAUUAGCUCCUCACGUGCUCAGCUGGAUUUAUAAACACAGAGGAGACGGGAUGUAAACAAUCGGCAGCGGCAGCCAGAGGCAGGCUGGGGGAGGGGAGGGGGGCUCCUGGACCACAGCACCCCCAAAGACAGCCGGAGCCCAGAGCCGGCCUCCUCUCCCCAGGGGCGGCCCGCUUCCUGGGGCACACAGGUGUCCGCUGCCCCUCCCACCGUCCCCUCCCAGCCUUGGAGAUGGAGACCAGGCUGGGGGCAGGUGGGGGAGGGCCCAGCCGCCCCCUCCUGCUCUCCCUGCUUUCUCCAUCCUUCAUCCCUCAGCUCCCCCCCCCCCCCCAGCGGUGACACAGUUACCUCAGAACUGAAAUAUUCCUGGAAACACCGGCCUCGUCUGGUUAAUCUCAGGAGUGUUUCUGCCCAGAUGAGGAGGUUCUGCUUUAGUCAAAGGCAUCUCCCUGGUGUGGGGGACCCGGGCCCGGGCGAAGGGCUAGAGCCGGGCUGCCCACAGCACCCCGGGGCCCCAUUCCCACCUCCAGCCGAAGCCUGGCCCGGAGAACUCCCAGCAUCCUCCAGGGCCAGGCUCCAAGAUCCUGGGGAGCAGCACCAUCCCUGCCUUGAACGUGGGGGACCCUCCAUCAGGAGUACAGCCUGACGGGGCCAAGUCACUCCUUUAGGACAGCAAGUGUGGGCCCGAUGGCACCCAAGGGGGGUGUCGAGGCAAGAGGGGAGUACCUGGGGGAGGGGGGGAAGGACUGUUUUUUAACUUCCAAACAAGGAAAUGCUGGGAAGGGGCCCUCGAGGGCAUCCCUUUACAAAUAAGGAAACUGAGGACUUCCCCGAGCCCACAAAGCUGGUCCGGGCAGAGCCAGAAUUCCAGGCCCAACUUCUUGUUGCCAAGCCCAGUGCUUUUUCCACUCUCUUGGGCUGUUUCCUAACCUGAGGAGACCUCGGAGGCCCAUUUGGGCAGGUCGGAAUGUCUCUGGGGAUCCCAAGUGAAGGGCUGGCCCAGCGGCCCCAGAGACAGAAGGGGCUGGGUGGCAGCUUUAAGAGGACGGAGCAGCCACAGGGGCAAAGGGGAAGGCGGUGGGCUUGAGUCACCACCCCAGAGGCCCCAACGCCCCCCAGUGACAGCCGAGAUAGGGUUCCUCCUCCGGGGAUGGAGGCUGGGAGGAGAGGCCCAAGCCUGCCCCCCAGUGACAGCCGAGAUAGGGUUCCUCCUCCGGGGAUGGAGGCUGGGAGGAGAGGCCCAAGCCGCCCAGCUCAUCACAGGGCAAAGCUGGGUAUGGGCUGGCAUUCCCAACAGGCAGGGGAGGCAAGCCGGGCACGGACUUCUCGAAAGGGAGGCAGCUGAAGCCGAGAGAGGAGAAGGUACUUGGCCAAGGUCUCCUCGUCUGAAGGCGCAGGUCCCCCAGCAAGCCCGCCCAGCAUCCCGAGCCUCUGAGGCAGCUUGUGCAAAGCUGACCCUGGCCCAGGCCCAGCACAAGCCCCGCCAGACCACGGACUCGGAGCCACUUUCGAACCCUUCAAGGGAGCCCCGCCGGACCCUCUCUGGACCGUGACCCAACGGCCAGCUUUCAUGCCACUCCCACCCCCGAGCCAAGCAGCCCCGAUCUGCCCCGCACGCACGAGGCCGCCCCAUCUUGGGCUUCUCGCGUGACUCGGCCCAGCUCACACAGGCUCGUCAGUCCCGGAGCCGCGCGUGCGGUUCAACGGCCUUUGGGCUCCCGCCUGGCUCUGGGCCCCUGAUGGGCGGCUGGGUGGGUCCUGGGUUCAAGGCCACCGAGCCGAGGUGGCACGCUUCUGGCACGCGUGCCGGCGUGGAGCCACCAAACAGGCCAGGCCCAAGGCAGGAGUGGAAUCACCUCCGGCCACAUCCCGCCUCAGCCCCCUCCCUGCCCUCCCCACGGGAGGGACCCCAGCAGGCGCGCACGCACGCCCACGGCCUGUCCCUCCCGGCUCCCCUCCCAGCCAGGGGCGGGCAGGGACACGGAGGGCCCCGGCGGCCCCUCAGGCCCCUCUGUGGUCUCUCGCCUCCAGGGGACUCGUGGGGGAUGCUGGCUUGUCUGUGCACUGUGCUGUGGCACCUCCCUGCCGUUCCGGCCCUGAACCGCACGGGGGACCCGGGGCCCGGCCCCUCCAUCCAGAAGACCUACGACCUCACCCGCUACCUGGAGCACCAGCUGCGCAGCCUGGCGGGCACCUACCUGAACUACCUGGGCCCCCCCUUCAACGAGCCGGACUUCAACCCGCCCAGGCUGAGCGCCGAGGCCCUGCCCAGCGCCACCGUGAACUUUGACGUGUGGCGAAGCCUCAACGACCGCCUGCGGCUGGCCCAGAACUACCAGGCCUACAGCCACCUGCUCUGCUACCUGCAGGGCCUGGACCGCCACGCCGCCACGGCCGAGCUGCGCCGCAGCCUGGCCCACUUCUGCACCAGCCUGCAGGGCCUGCUGGGCAGCAUCGCCGGCGUCAUGGCCGCCCUGGGCUACCCGCUGCCCCCCCAGGGGGCCGAGCCUGCCUGGGCCCCCGGCCCCCCCCACAGCGACUUCCUCCAGAAGAUGGACGACUUCUGGCUGCUGAAGGAGCUGCAGACCUGGCUGUGGCGCUCAGCCAAGGACUUCAACCGGCUGAAGAAGAAGAUGCAGCCCAGAGCGGCCGCGGCGGUCACUUUGCGCCUGGAGGCCCCCGCUGCUGACCUCUGACCUCUCUUCUGCCCCUGCCUUGCAAUAAGCUUCCCAGCCUCCUGGGGGGCCCGGGGGCUUCCGAGCCCCCCCCACAGCCUUCUGGGGAGCGGACGGCCCCGGGCUCCGGCCUCCGGAGCAUCGGUCACUUCUGGGGCGCCCACAGCAAAAGUGCCUUCCGGGGCAGCCGCCCCCCGUCCCUUUGCCUUAAGCCAGCCCACACUCCCCCCUGGGGCAGGGCCGGGAGGUGGGCGCCGGGGACCCCUCCCCGCAGACGUGCCCAUGACUUGGCCUCACACUUCUCCUUCGCGUCCUGCUGGCUCCCCCGCCCGGCCCAGCGGGGCGGCCACAGUCACAGAGUUUCCUAAAAGUUUACAUUGUUGAGGACGGUAGCAUUCGGGGGCGAGGAGAGGGCAGCACCCCUCGGCCCCCCACUCACAACUCUCAGUUUGUUUGUAUUAAUAUUUAUUUAUUUGGAGAUGUUAUUUAUUAGAUGGUAUUUAUUGCAGAAUUUCUAUUCUUGUAUUAACAAAUAAAAUGCUUUCCCCAGA